CUUAUCAUGUUGAACCACUAUCGAGCAAUGUCAUGGCCUACAGGUCCGCCCUUACAUAUCAAGACAUUAAAACAACCUUCGUAUCGAAGUUCUUUGGCUUGGGAGGUAUUGGAAAAAAAGAUUCAACAAGUAGUGACCAUGCUGCUCAACAAGACCCAACUAAAAGCAGCUAUGGAAAUCAGGCAGCUCCAGCACUUGAACUGGCAACCCUACUGGCCAAUCAAGCUUACCUGGGAGUAGUUUUGCAGAUUGACGCUUGGGAUCUUGAUAUUGACGAAGCCGGCCUCCCAAAUCAUGAAUUGUUACAGGCAAUUCCAUUGUACCUAUUAGAGAUGGCCCCACCAACUCAUCAACUAUACAUGGCAUUCCAAGAACAAGAAAGAGUUUUGAGUGUGGUAGAGCUCCCUAGGGAUGGCUGCAGCUCCAGCUUUCUUCCUCAUGCUCGGCAUUCAAAUAGCUCCAUCCAUCAAGACAGACUUUUUGUGAGGAUGUGGAGACACUCCGGAUGAUCCAAGGGAACCCUAACAUCCUUGCAGAACUGAAUGAUACAAUGGUCGUCAUUUGUGAAACCCGCAGAGUCACAAUCUAAUCCUUCAUGAGGAUUAUUCAAAGUACAUGGCCUUAACUUGAAAUGGUGACAGCAUCCCACAGCCCAUUGUUCCAACAAGUCAUAUAAUUUAACAUCAUAGACUUCUGCACUCCAAGCUUGAUCCAAAACAUCAACUUGGGUGAGAAGUCAUUACUCAUAUCAGCAUUUGCAAUGGGACUAACAAUAGUAGCUUUACCUUUGUCUUGAUGAGUCGACUAUGUUUAUGGUGGGGGGCAUCCAAAUGCUCAUCACAAUGGUGAUCAUUGGUACAGCAGAGGGGCAAAACUUGGCAGCAACAAGGAGAUUAGCAAGGGCUCGGACCUGCUCAUCAAGCAAGAUUUUCCUGUUAGGAAUCAGAUCGGCAAGGCAAAGCAUCGUGGGAGAAUAGUGGUCUGAGUUUGCAUUAGUGGUGGAUUGCUCGGAUGAUUAGCAUUAAAAGAAUGGAUAAACUAGGAAGCAUUGGUUUUGGAAGAAAAUUGCCAAGGUUGAAGCAACACAGGAUGGCUGUUCUGAUGACAAUACGUAACCUUUCAAAAUAUGGUGUCUACUGUUCCUGAACCACAAAAAACAAGUAAAUCAGCUGUAUAUUGACAAACAUAUGCAAUGUGCAUGUAACUUGAAAACAUAACCUACCAUCAGGAUCUGGUCAAAUUUUCUCCCCACCAA